UUGUUUUAUCCUGCACAUGGGUCGAAAGCUAUGACAGCAGACACCAAGACCAUCGUUAAAGACUCAAAGAGUGGGAAGGAGUCUGUUUUUAGCAGAGACACACUGCGAAAUUACUUGUUGUCCCUUGCACAAGGACUAAAUACCGAGUUUGUCAGCAUUGAUGUGAUUCUUGAUAAGGUCGUCAGUGGUCUUCCCGAUCGUCUCACUGUUCAAGAACUGCUCGACUUGACAGCGGAAGUGAGCGCUUCCCUGACUACUGUGCACUACGAUCAUUCCUACCUGGCAGCAAGAGUGCUAGCUCGUCACUUGCAAAAGCAAGUAUGUGGUAGUUUUUCAGAAAAUGUGAACCGAAUGAGACAAUAUCGUCCUUCGAAGUAUCGAAAUUUCAAAUCUCUCAUUGCUGCAGAUGUUCAUGAUAUUGUGAACAAACAUGCUGAUGUAUUGAAUAAAGCCAUCGCACCUGAAAGAGACUUGGAGAUGGAUUACCUUGGUUUCAGAACAAUGGAAAGAUCAUAUUUGCUAAAAAUGGAUGGAAGACCUUGCGAGACUCCUCAGUAUUUGUUUAUGAGAGUGGCCAUUGGGAUACACAAAGGUAAUAUAGACCGCGUUCUCGAAACAUACAGACUUAUGUCCGAAAAAUACUUCAUCCAUGCUUCGCCUACGCUGUUCAACGCCGGUACCGAAACGCCUAAUUUAUCCUCCUGUUUUCUUCUUGCAAUGGAUGGGGACUCUAUAAAUGGCAUUUUCAGAACGAUUCACAAGUCCGCCCUGAUUUCUAAAGCGGCUGGCGGAAUUGGCAUACACGUUUCAAACAUCCGAGCUGCCGGCUCUUACAUUUCUGGAACUAAUGGUACAUCCAACGGACUUGUGCCUAUGAUUCAAGUCUUUAACAGCACCGCAAAGUACGUGGAUCAAGGUGGAAAUAAAAGACCAGGCGCUUUUUGCAUGUAUUUAGAGCCGUGGCAUGCAGACGUGUUUGAGUUCCUGGACUUGAGGAAAAACCAUGGAAAGGAAGAAACUCGCGCUAGAGAUUUAUUUUAUGCUCUUUGGAUACCAGAUUUGUUUAUGGAGAAAGUCGAGAAAGAUCAAGAGUGGUGCCUUUUUUCCGAGGAUCAAUCUCCUGGACUCAGUGACACUUAUGGAGAUGAAUUUGUCAAGCUUUACAACAGGUAUGAACGUGAGGGUCGCUAUAUCCGUAAAGUGAAAGCCCAGAAACUGUGGCAUGCGAUACUAGUUUCUCAGACGGAAACAGGGACCCCUUUCCUGCUCUACAAAGACGCCUGCAAUAAAAAGUCUAACCAGCAAAAUUUGGGUACCAUCAAGUCAUCCAAUCUCUGUUGUGAAAUCGUUGAAUAUUCAUCUAAUGAGGAAACAGCAGUCUGCAAUCUAGGCUCUUUGGCACUUCCUUCUUUUGUCCACGAUGUCAAUGGAGAACGGAAGUUUGAUUUCAAAUUGCUCCAUGAUGUCUGUAAGACUCUCGCUCUCAAUUUGGAUACGGUGAUUGAUGUGGGGUCUUAUCCUUUGCCGGAAGCCGAGGUUUCAAACAAAAGACACAGGCCAAUUGCUAUUGGUGUGCAGGGUCUGGCUGAUGUAUUUUUCAAGCUGCGAAUGCCGUUUGGCUCUCCAGAGAGCCGGAAACUAAACGUUCUCAUACAUGAAACAAUCUACCAUGCAGCUUUAGAAUCCUCAACAGAGCUGGCCGAGAUCUACGGACCGUACGAUUCCUAUUCCGGAUCUCCAAUCUCAAAAGGAAUCUUGCAGUACGAUUUUUGGAAUGUUAAACCAAGUGAUAUGUGGGACUGGGAAGGUUUGAAAGCUAAAAUUCAUCGGAAUGGUGUCAGAAACUCCUUAUUGGUUGCCCUAAUGCCUACCGCCUCCACAUCGCAGAUAUUUGGCUUUACAGAGUGUUUCGAGCCGAUCACCUCUAACACGUAUUCGAGAAGAGUCUUAUCGGGAGAGUUCCAGGUUGUGAAUAGGUAUUUGGUCGACGAUCUCGUGAAUUUGAAUCUGUGGGGCCCAGAAAUGAAAAACGAAAUUGUUCGAAUGGAAGGAUCCGUCCAAGCCAUCGAAAGCAUUCCUGCCGACAUCAAGGAAAUAUAUAAAACGGUUUGGGAAAUUCAGCAACGAGCACUUAUAGAUAUGGCUGCAGACCGUGCUCCGUUCAUUGACCAGUCCCAGAGCAUGAACCUAUUCAUGCGGAAUCCGACCAUGUCCAAACUGACCAGCAUGCACUUUUAUGCAUGGAAGAGAGGGUUGAAAACAGGCAUCUAUUAUUUGCGAACCCAAGCUGCUGCAUCUGCUAUCAAAUUCACUCUCACGCCCUCUGGAUUCAAAAGAAGUAUCCCAGAGUCUGAGGAUACUACCAAAAGACGCAAAUCGAACGGGAGCGAGGUUGCCGAAAAUUACAACAUCUAUGACAAAGAUAAUGUUCUUGCUUGCAAGGUUGGAGAUCCAGAGACUUGCGACGCUUGUUCGAGUUAAUAUUGUAAAUAUUCAUAAAUUAGAUGCCAAAAUGGCUCACAUAGGCAGCGAACUUGCGGGCGGUAGAGCCGGAAGGUGGUUCGAUCUUGGAAAUGCUUAGCACACUGAGGGCCGCGAGGGUCGUGUUAAAGAAUAUUACACCGUACGCAUUCUUGCGGGCUCUUCGACUAAACCACCGCAGAUAAUGCAGUGUUCCAGCGAGAAUGUGGUAAGAUGUUACCCCCACCAAGGUAAGGAGUCCCGUGGCUCUAAUGAACGGGCUUUGUGCGACGGCCCAAGCAAUGUAGGAUAGAUCCACCAUGGACGAGUCUCCAUCGACUGCUAAGGGCCCAAUUCGUUGGUGAAAAACGUGUAGCGUCAUCAAUGGAAGUAAUAAAUAGCCAGAGAACCGCAGAGGCGUCAGUCCUAGCAUCCUGAAGCUUAACGAAGGUCUAGGUCCGAGACCCAGUAAAUAUGUGAUUCCUCCAAGCCCGCUGCUCUUAUCAAUCUCCGCUUCUUUCGCGGACAAACUUGUCGGAGACGUUUUCUUGCGCAACCUGCCGUACUUCACAUAGUUGUCCCAUUUUUUGGCGAAUUGCAGAGCUAUGCCACUCAGGACAUGGACACAAGCAGACGCAAGCAGAAUAGCUUCUGAAUAUCCCGUUUGGUAUAGUUCACGGCCCAUGGAUAUCACCUGUUCGGCAACAUCAACUCCAGCAAUAGGUGGAGCAAGAACGACGCCUGACAGAUGCACCACUGUAAAGAGGCCCAUUGGAAUAGUAGAGUACUUCUGGAACACAGCUAGAGUCCGCACGACUUUGAGACUUAGUCUGUUGGAUGAGGGAGUCACCGGUAUUCCUAUCGGGAUUUCGUCCCCGGAGACGGGUUCUGGAGACACCGGACGUAGCGAAGACAUGUCAAAUUUGCAGAUCAGCAAUAAUUCCUGAUUAUCUCUUUU